AUGACGCUGACGGAUGGCGGAGAGGCAGCACAAGGAGGCGGGAUGUUCGAGGCGGAAGGAGCAGGAGCGGGCCAGGAGGUGGUGGAAAAUCCAAGGAUGGAGAGGCUUGAUUGGAUUCUAAGCCGAUCUCCAUUUCUUGCUCACCCGGGGCGGCCAGUUUGGGUGCAAUGCGACUACGGCGACGGGAAGUGGGUGUGGGAUGCCAGCGUUGCCGGCCCGCGGUACGACAGCGAGAAGUGCGAGAUGAAGAGCACGGAGAAGUGCGUCACCAACGGCAAGCCGGACAACGGUUACCUGCACUGGAGGUGGCAGCCGGCGGGCUGCAACCUCUCAGCGCUGGACCCGGCAGAGUUCCUCCGGGCGCUCCGUGGCAAGCACCUGGCAUUCGUCGGCGACUCCACGGCGCGCAACCAGGCCGAGGCCCUCGUCUGCUUCCUCUCCACGGUGUCGCGGCCAGAGACGGCGCACCGGUACGAGGAGCGGCUCGGGCGCAAGUUCUGGCGGUGGGUCUUCCCGGCGCCGCACAACGUCAACAUCUCCACGUACUGGUCGCCGUUCCUGGUGCGCGCGGAGGGCAAGUCGGAGGACUACGGCAUGACGCAGGACACGGUGUUUCUUGACGCGCUCACCGAGCCGUGGACGGCGGACGUGGACGGCAUGGACGUCAUGGUGAUCUCCGCGGGGCACUGGUUCCCCCACCCGGCCGUGUACUACGACGACGGCGUGAUCGCCGGCGCGUUCUCCCGUCCGGACGUGAACGAGACCGACAUCGACGGCGGCUUCCUCGGCGUGUACCGCAGGGCUAUGCGGAGGACGCUGGAGUACGUCAGUGCCAAGUCGAGCGGCGGUGACAAGCUCGUCGUGGUGGCCACGAUCGCGCCGUCCCACUUCGACGCCAGGUACGCCUGGAACCACCGCGACGCGUGCUCGCGGCCGAAGCCGUUCGAGGAGGGGGAGGCGGAGGUGGCGAGCAGUGAGGCCGAGCUGAGGAAGGUCGUCGUAGAGGAGGCGGCAGCGGCGGCGGUGCAGAGCCGGCGACGGGGCCUACGGUUGGAGGUGCUAGACGUGACGAGGAUGGCGUCCAUGCGGCCCGACGGGCACCCGGGCGCCUACAUCACCAAGGAGGCGUUCGCCGGACGCCCCGUGCCGGAGACGGUGAUGAACGACUGCCUGCACUGGUGCGCGCCAGGACCGGUCGACUCGUUCAACGACAUACUGAUGCAGAUGGUACGUGCAAGCGGCUGA